AUGUUAAAAAAUAUAAGCAUAAUAUUGGCACCUUAUUUAUCUGAAUUAUUUAGAGCUUCAUUGGAUGAAGGCAUUAUACCUGACAUAUGGAAAAAAUCAUUAGUUAUUCCCAGUUUCAAAAAAGGCGAAAAAUCUAAUCCAUUAAACUAUCGUCCAAUUUCACUUACUUGCUGUAGUUGCAGAAUCAUGGAAAAAAUACUUGUAAAAAAUAUAAUAAAUUUCUUAGAGAAUAAAAAGUUCUUUAGUUCGGAUCAAUUUGGAUUUAUUCGAAGAAGAUCCACUACUCUUCAGCUAGUAAGUAGCUUGGAGGAUUGGUACGAAGCCUUAUUUGAAAAAAAGAAUAUAGAUUGUAUUUAUAUUGAUUUUUGUAAAGCUUUCGAUAGUGUUCCUCACAAACUCCUUCUUGACAAAUUAUAUGCCUGUGGAAUUAGGGGAAAACUACAUAGGUGGAUUAGUGAAUUUUUAUCAAAUAGAACAUAUCAAGUAAAAAUUAAUGAUGUUUUAUCAAACCCAUAUGGAAUUACCACGGGUGUUCCCCAAGGAUCCAUUAUUGGCCCACUAAUGUUUCUAAUCUAUAUAAAUGACUUAUCCGACGUUAUUCCAAACGGAGUCAAAAUUAAACUAUUUGCUGAUGACGUUAAAAUCUAUAAAGUUUAUAAGACUAAAAAUGAAAGAUUAGAACUAGCAGUUGCCCUUAAAAACGUCGAGGAAUGGUCAAAAAAAUGGAAUUUAGAUAUAUCAGUUGAUAAGACAUUCGUACUUCAUUUAGAAUAA